UCCAAUGAAGUUAUAGCUACAAAAAGGUUUCCUGGUUAAUCCUAAAUCUAAGUAGCUAUCAGAAAUCUUCUUUCCCAGAAGCCUCUGACAAAUUUGUAUAUUACAUUUCACUUUCUUCAUGAAUAUGGGCCUAUUUAAAGUGAUUCUUGCUUUCCAUUAUUAAGAACAAGAUUUGGGGGGAAGAGGAAUCUAUUUUGAGUAUUUGAGAGAGACUUGAUAUACACUUCUGCAUCUCCUAUAUGAGAGGAUGUAAUCUUGUCAGUACUGCAAGGAAAGUAGUCCUUUGGUUACUUUUUAAGAUCAGACUAAAUGCUAGAGAUAAAUCAAUAGCUUGAUUUAACAAAAAUGUAUAGAAUGCAACUAUGUAGACAGCCUUGACCAAAGCACUGUAGUAGAGUCAAAAGUGAAUGAAACCUGACCCCUGCCUUCCAGGGGCUGACUUAAUGAAUAUCUCUGGAGAAUUCUAUCAUCUCCUGUUAUCAUGAUUCCAAACCUAGGAUGUUAUUGGAAACUGAAACUCAGCUGUCCAAGUGACAAAGCCAAGACCCUAAUACGAGUCUGUCUGACUCCAAAAUCCAUCUUCUUUCUAAUUUAUCCUCUUUCCAAUGUACCUAGGAAAGGAAAAAGUUCUCUAUGGAUACAGGAGCAAUUCUUGGGGAAAGUCAAAGAUCUAAGCGUUGGGGCCAAGGACAGAUAUGGAGAUCAGAGAAGACUCCUUGAAGAAUUGGAGGAGAAACUGCCUCUUGUUCAACAUGGAGGUAAGAUCAGAUCCGGUGAAGGUCCACUCACCAUUCUGACACCUGUUUCCAGAGAAAGGGGCUGGACAGCUGCAGGUCCCUCAACCAGAAUUAUCGUGGUCCAUACAUGGGGUCUCUCGGAAAAACUCAAGAGUUCCGGGGAUGGGGUUUUGCAGCUGCUUGGGUUAAAGAGCUUGCCAGAUGUGUGGAACAGAAUAAAAAUCCCUGGAAUGCCGUCCCUGUUGGCACCAUCCAUCACUGUGGCACAGACGGUUCCUCCGAGGGCCUCCCCCAAACCCCAACCCUGUCAGCCUGCAUUUGAUGCUUCCAUUCUGGCUGACAGGGCAAGCCCAGCAGAGACCCUUGCUGGCAGGCGUCAGGACAGCUGAUGGAUGGGCUCAGCCUGUGUUGCUGGGAAGAAUCUAGCUGGCUUUGAAGAGGCAUUUCUGCAGGCCUGUGGGCUGUCAUGUCACCUGCUUUGGGGAGACGGGCAGAGCCUGUGUUGUUUGAUGGUCACCUCCUCUGCCACCCGUUGGGCACUGUGGCCCAGCCCCAUCUGCUCCAGCCAGGCCUUCACCAUGUACUGUCUCCAGCAAGACCAACUACAAUAGCAGCUUGCCCGUGGACGUGAGCACAGCGUUUCCCUGGCCAUACUGUCGUCAAAGCCGGUGGGGAAUCUGACAAAUUCCAUCAAAGUACAACCCUCAGGUGAAAUUAAAUCAGACACGAAGAGGGGUGGUUUUAGAACCCAACCUGCUCUUUGCAGAAAGACCCAGCCACUACAUCUCACCCUGUUCCACAGCCAGAGGCUGACAGAACACCUCGAGAUAGACUCAGGAGCAUGCAGGUGGCCUGUUCCAAGGUCCCUUCAUCUACUUAACCAAACUAUCAGAAGCCCUUGGCAGAGUUCUUAGAAAGCCCAGAAUCUCAGUAUGUUAAAUCCCACACUUUCCACUCCUUACUAAGUUGCUUUUCAGCCUGUGCUUGAAUACCACCCGUGAUGGAGAACUCACUACCACCCGAGAGCCCAAAAGCCCAUUCAGAUUUUUUGACAACUAUGAAGGUGAGGAAGUUCUUCCUGUUUGCAGAUCAAAUCUGACCCUAUAGUUUCCAAUCUAUUUGAUUAAAGCUGAAGGCCUUACGGACACAAAGAAUGUAUCCACUCCCUUUUCUGUGAUGUCUGUUCAGCAGGGCCACUGCAUACAUUUUUUCGUGUUGUUCAGUGCACAAUCCAGGGUGUCAUAAACUCAUAGUCAUUGUCGAUGUCUUUUGCAACUUUCUGGCAGGUGGCAGUAAAGUUUCUUGAGGUAAAUACUCCUGUUAACUCCCAUGAAGCCCACCUCGUGGACUAGUGGGGGAGGGGUGCUGCUUUUCAAACACUUGAAGAGGGUGAGGUCCCUUGAGUGUUAGAUGUCCUGUUUCUGCCUCUGUGCAAGCCCACAGUUCCGAAGCUCUGUCUAGUGGGCACCCAGACCAAAGCAGCCCCCUCAGUGGUGCCUGAGAAGUUCGCGCCGAAGGCUGGGGAGGGGCCAGCUCUUCCCAUCUCUUGGCCUUGGACCCUCCUUGGAUUCCAUGUACGGCUGCUGGUCUGGCCAGCUGGGAGAGCUCCCUGAAAUAUGAUUCUUCCAAGCAAUUGAAUUAUAUGUUGUUGAAUUCAACACUCUCCUUUGCUUUGGGGAAAGACACACAUCCUUUCCCAAUCCCCACACCGCGCUCAUGAACAUUUCUAUCCAAUUCCACAAACAUUCCCUGAGCAUGCAGGGCAGGACAAGUUCCAAGCAUCGCUUGCCUUGAGCAGGCACGAAUCUGUCUGCCCACCCAGGGCUUCGCUGCCAGAGAAUAUUGACUGUCAAGCUGAAUUUGACCCAGUUAUCACCUUCUUUGCUCCAAAAAGACCCUUGAUCCAACGUUUAGACGUGACUGUGAUCUCCAUGUGCCUGGCUCUUGUCUUCUGUGGGUGACCAACACAGGUCGCUACCGUUGGGGGAUGUGUCCUCUGCCCCAGUGAAAUAAUCAGCGGAGUUUUCUCCCUUGGGCCUCAAAGCAGCAAAGGGAGACUCAGACCCAGAGACGGAGACCGAGAGAUGGACGAUGUGGCAGGAAGGAGCAGCUCUGCUCAGCCCAGGCCCGGCUGAGGGCACCAGGCGGAGGAAACGGGACAGGGAGCAGGUGAGAGGUGGCAGGUGUGUCUGUGAGAGAAGAGCCUGUGUGAAAGAACAUUGAGGAGACACACUGGGUGGAGGAGCAACCCGGUGGGGGGUGCUGAUGAGAGGCCAUCAGCAGCGGUGGGCCAGCUGGGGGCUGCCUGCACGGCACCACCCUCUCAGCACAGAGGGGCUGGCUCCCCACCGAAGGGGGUGGAGAGAGUGGGGUAGCACAGGGCUAGCCUUCCUGGAGCCAUUGUUCAAGACACUCUCACUUUGCCUUGGCCUUUUGGUCUCAUUUCAGACACUAAUGGGCU